AUGAGAAUUCCAGUAGCACUCGGAAUUGGUCGGGCGAGGUUAGGUUCGCCCGCGAAGAGUCUGCCGACCCUGAACUAUAAAUGCAACGGGUUCUUUCUGCUGUUUCGCACACGAAGAGGAAGAGGUGCUGGUCGACACGUUGGAACCAACCGGCCGGAAAGAAGCGUGGAUCACGUGGACCAGGACUGGGAGCUGACGAAGGGCUCGGUGCCCUGGGCGAGCGCUGUCAGGCGAUGGGCAGAAAUGCAGGACGGGCAGAGAAUUCUGUUAACCACGCCGAGCGUUCUAGUUGGCUUCAGGGUCGAGGUUUAUCGGGCCGAGGGCACUACGCAAUGGUACACCGCCGUCAUCGUUGGUUACAACGAGUCCACAAAGUCGUCGAGAGCAUCAUGAGAGGCGAGGUCGUCGGCAUGACACCGAGGAGGUCGAGGUCAUCGACUGCUCUGACGCACGCGCUUGUUGUGGUGAGUGAAAUUCAAUUCCGUUCUAUUAUUAAAUCGCCAUGUAGUUUACGAUAA